CAAUACACCUCUUCUACACUCAGAGACGCAACGCUCAGCAGCAAACAAGCAAGUAAGUAUUUCAAAUGAUUCUUAGAUGAUUUUGUUACUGAGCAUCUGUUAAAGAAAAGCUGAAUUUCUUCACAUUUCAGUUUUACAUUUGUGAAUAUUUUAUAUUGUGUCUGUUUUUCCCCUCCACUCACCUAUUUUGUGUUGUUGGUUUUUUUUCUGUAUCGCAGGCCUCUGGUUAAUGAAAAGUACCCUUCCACUCAUUGCUUAUUCUGCAUAUCUGAUACGAGCAUGGUCACCGCCGAGGAGCUCGAGUGCUGCGUGUGCUGCUACGAAUAUUCACGCAGCAACAGGAUACCGCGGGUCCUCCACUGCAACCACACCUUCUGCGCCCCUUGUCUGGAGAGAUUGUCCAAGCUGGAAGGUGCCAUCUACACCGUCUCCUGCCCUCUCUGUCGUUGGAUUACCUGCACCAGAGCCAGCCUGACUUUACCAGGGGCUCUGUGGGUCAACACAGAAAUCUGGGACCAGAUUUCCACAGAGCAAAAUCAGAAUGAGAACCAUUCAAUGGAGGAUUUGAAAGACCCAAAGUCGCUACUCAUCGAGCACUCACUACCCGUUUCACAGCAAUCUCGUUUGAAGUCCACACUCCUGAGGGUUUUCAGCUGCAUGCCUCUGCAGAGCAGACACUAAGUGAUUAACAGCAGGAUUUGUACCUCUUACAUGUUGUUUAAUCGUAGACUGAAAUGUGCAAGACCGUAAAGUUUGCAUGAUCUGAGCUCCACGUAAUGGACCUGCACACAGGGCUUCAGUGAGAGUUUGCGUCUUGUGAAGAGUGAAGGCCUGAAAGUCUUCCGUGCGACUUGACUUUGUGUGAACUUGACUU